GGCACCAAAAAGCACAGUUACACAUACCAAGCUCACACGCUCACAGAAAAUGGCAGAGGAGCCCGCCCCGGAACCCGGAUCCGGUUCCGGAAGCUUCUCCUCCGCCGUCAACGGUGGCAAGUCCAUAGAGGAAUGCCAAGACAUGAUCCGACGGAGCCUGCGAAGUCCAAUGGUGAAGUUUCUGAGGGAGCACUUGGAGAAGGCUGGGUGCGUGGUUGGGGACAACUUCAUCAAGGCCGUCCAUUGCAAAAAGCUGAUCAGCGGCGGUUACGUUCGCGGUGAAGGGAUUAUGGUGUGUAGUAAUCACAUGAGCAUUCAAGAUGAGGUCAACCAAGUGGUGAUACAUGAGCUAAUUCAUGCUUAUGAUGACUGUCGUGCUGCAAACCUGGAUUGGGCUAAUUGUGCUCACCAUGCUUGUAGUGAGAUUCGGGCUGGUCAUCUGAGUGGUGAUUGCCACUACAAACGGGAAUUGCUGCGGGGUUUUAUGAAGAUACGAGGCCAUGAACAAGAGUGUGUGAGAAGAAGAGUCUUGAAAUCGGUGAUUGCUAACCCUUACUGCUCAGAAGCAGCUGCAAAGGAUGCCAUGGAAGCUGUCUGGGAUGUUUGUUACAAUGAUACGCAGCCCUUUGACAGAGCUCCCUGAAACAUGAUAAUCACUACUUGCCAAUACCAAACCAGCUGUCCCCUUCCAUUUUUCUUAUAGGAAGGGUGUUGCUGCAGAUACUGGCUUCGAAGAGAGUAAUAUGCCUUUAUUUUUUAAGUUGAUAUGACAUAAGUCAAUCAGAAAGUUCAUCUUAUUUAAUUUUUUUCCCAUUGUCUCUGAGAUAUAACUGCAUAAAGACAAUUUUACAAUUUUUGAAUGUGAUGCUGAUUGAUGUUAUUCUCGAAGAAAAAUUUAAGAAAUAAGAAUUCAUUUUUAUUACUGUUGCAUUUUUCAAUCAGACAACAUGUUAUAAUGAUUGCAUUUUUGUUAUAAUGCUGAUGGAAUGCUUCUGUCAUUCAAGCAAUGCAUGUUAUAAUGAUUGGGAUGUGCAUACUGAGCAUGUUUUGCUGAUAUUGACUCCAUAAGAAAAUCUGCUUUCUCCUCCUUGCGAAAUUAAACAAGUAACUUUCAGUUAUUUACAAUUCUGCUCUUGUUUGAAACCAUCUCCUGAAUUGCAUUAUUGACCUGAUUCAGGAGAUAGUUUCUAUGUGUCUGUGCAUUUUGAAGUAACAACUGCCUCAGUUGUUGUUGCUGGGGGGAAGUCAUUAUUCAUAAAAGAAUAGCUUAUACUUGGGCAUGAGAAGGCAAAUUUAGCUGAUAAAAUGUUGGGUGGAACAAAGUCUGCCAAUUUCACAGAGAUGAUUGUGCUGUACCAUUGAGAUGCCAAAGAAAAAUUUUCGGGCAGAGAUACAUAGAAAUUUCAAUAGACAUGAUAGCUGCAGAUUUGAAAUGAACUUUUCUUCAUGUGUGCUUGCUUUCAUUUGUGUGGUUGCCAUUCGAACCAUCUAGCUGAUUGGCUGGCUGACUGGCUACUGAUCCUAGUCUUCAGUCUACAAUGUAAAUGGCUCCAGUUUAUUUCAAGAUUGUGAACCAUGUGGUGAUAUCCACAUAACUUUAUUCUUUUUAAUAGUUGAUACUCGUAGAAAGAACAAAAGGAAACACUCGACAUGUUAGACCCAUAAGCCCAAAGAGUUGUUCUUUUUAGAAUACCACGUUAACUAGAUUCACCUAAGAUCCAUUUUUCAUUAUUUAAGUGCAUUUUUGUUCUUUUCUUUAUUUUAUUUUCAUUAGUGGGUCCUUUCGUAGUCUUAUCCCCUUCAUAAAGGGAUAGUUGGUACGGAUGUAGCAGAGUAAGAAGUGUUUUAUAGCAUAUAGAAAGUUGGAAGGAGGGGAGAGUAUGGAGAAGAAUUAACAUGAAGGUAGGUUUGGUGCUUAGGAUGAUUAUUGUCCUCCUCUUUCUCGGUCAAUACCACACAGUUGCUGCUAGGCCACAUAUCUCAGGUAGAAAUAGAUUGCUCUUAUGCAUUGGUUUUCCUAUAUGCAUUAAGCUUAGCACUACAUUGGUUAGUUUGCAGGUGUGGAGAGGUUACACGAUCAUCAUCAGCAAAUGGGAGUAAAACAAGUAAAUGUGCAAGAGCCGGUGCCUCAGUGGUGGUCGGAGGAUUAUUCUCUACCUCACAGGCAGCGGCCUGUGCACAAUAAGCUGGACCCCUGAGUGAGGCAGCUUCCCUCAUGUUUCCUCUGCCGAGCGUUCUGUUUGUACUUGUAGUGACUAGUUAUUUAGCUGUUAGUGUUUUAGAUCUUUUUGUACUAGCUUCUGUUAGCACUACUAUGAGUAAAGCAAUCGAUGAAAAUUCCACAUAAUUCCACCAGUUUCAAAUGGUCUCUGUUCCGUGCAAUUGAACACAUUCAAGAAGUUUCAUAAGAAUGUCACUUUACUUUUCAGUAU